UCAGGAUGCAAACACAUGCAUUAAAGGGAGGGGAAUAAAAUAGUGCCCUGCAGACUGACAGACACAAUAGCAGUGACCCAGUGGCUUCGCGUUGAUGCUCUCCCCUUGCUGCAUGUGGCCUUUGAACCCAUUGUUGUGUCGCGGGUGACGUCAGUGCCGUGUGCGGGAGUCGGAGCGGCGUUCGCCUGGCGAGACAAAGGCGGCGGACAGACCGGGGUCAGGCAGCAGCAGCAGCAGCAGCAGCAGCAGAGAGCCGAGAAUCACUGUUUUUUUUUUAACUAAAAGGUAACUGCUAACCUUGAAUUUCAGCUGCGGUAUUCCUGACGAUAGGCAGAAUGAAGACCCAGUGACACUCCCAGGAAAAUGCUUUGACUCUCCAGAAAGAGAAAAAAACACCAGUGCCCUCUUUUCGUUUUUUAACGUUUUUCUCCUACGCCCCCCGUUUAGCUUGCUAACGUUAGUUAGCUAGCCCGCUAGCUCAUACCGUUGCACUGCACUGGUCUCCUCCUCCUGGCUGCUUCUCAUCUUUCCCUCAAGACCUGGGCGACAAGCGAAGGGAGGAUCUCGUCGACAAAGGAAAGGUAAAAAGAGGGUGAGCUCACUCCCAACAAAACAGGUAUCCGUGAUCUGAUGUGAGAUCCACGGAGAGACUAUGCCUAGCCCUUUAUUCCACCCCGAGAUUAUGGACCACGACGUGGUGAUCAGCAGCCAGCACAACGGGGUCGGUCUGCCCCGAGAGACAGACCAGGAGUCCCGGGAAGAGGACCACCAAGAGGCGCUCCGUUUCGCCCUGGACCAGCUGUCACUCAUGGCCCUGGAGAAGGUGGACUGUGGGGGCGGCGGUGGUAGCGUAGGCGGCGGGCUGGUCGACACUCUGGAUGGGACCCAGGGUCCGGGCUCUGAGAGCUGCAACGGCGUGGGCGGAGGGGGCUACGUGGAUCUACAGAUGCUGGAGCAUCCCAGCGGGUCCCGGGACUCGCCGACGUCCUGCUCCCCAUCCCCGGAGUAUUACGGCUCGGGCGGGUACCACAUGGCCGGCUCGCACCCCAUGCUCCACGGGGAACAAAGCUCCGUCCUCUGCAGCAGGAAAAGAAGUGUCAACAUGACUGAAUGUGUGCCUGUCCCCAGCUCUGAACAUGUGGCAGAAAUCGUGGGAAGACAAGGUUGUAAGAUCAAGGCCUUGCGUGCCAAAACAAAUACCUACAUAAAGACUCCAGUCAGAGGUGAGGAACCAGUGUUCAUCGUGACGGGACGCAGGGAGGAUGUGGAGAUGGCCAAACGGGAAAUCGUCUCUGCGGCUGAGCAUUUCUCAAUGAUCCGGGCGUCCCGCUGCAAAGCUGGAGGGUCUGGAGGAGGAGGAGGCAGCGGCGGCGGCUCUCUUCCUGGACCACCACACUUACCUGGCCAGACCACCAUACAGGUGAGGGUGCCCUACAGAGUAGUUGGUUUAGUUGUUGGACCAAAGGGAGCAACUAUCAAGCGCAUCCAGCAGCAGACUCACACCUACAUCGUGACACCCAGUCGAGAGAAAGACCCGGUAUUUGAGGUGACCGGCAUGCCGGAGAACGUGGACCGAGCGAGAGAGGAGAUCGAGACCCACAUCACCCUGCGAACUGGAACCUUCGUAGAUCUGCAGGGAGACAAUGACUUCCACACCAACGGCACCGAUGUCAGUCUAGAAGGCCUGGGUGCCCUGAGCGGAGGUCUGGGGGCAUCUCUGUGGUCCAGGGCUACCGGCCACCAUUCUGCCCCCCCACCUCCUCCACCAUCCCCACCUCCUCCUCUACCCAUGUCCAUGCACCACUCCUCCAGCCGGAAGAUGUCCUCCUCGGUCGCCUAUCACACGCACAACGGCGGGAUGAGCUCCGACAACUUCAGCACCACUCGCAAGGCCAACGAGAGGGGCAGCCCCACUAGCCCUUUUAGCACAGGCUCCAGCAGUGCUGGAGGAGGAUUCACUUUUGGGGGCGACUCCACCCCAGGGCUGCCCUCCUCGGAUGAACUGGGCUUUGAGUUCACUGCUUCCAACAUCUGGGCACCUUUCGUCAACGGUGGAACAGGCAAUAAGACGGCCGGCUCCUCCCAGCAGCAGCCUCUACGUCGCAACAGCAGCGGCCUCAGCGGUGGCGCCAUCACUCCACGAUUGUCUCCAACUCUUCCUCAGGACACGGGCGUGGGCCCCCUGGAUCACCCAUUAGCCCGUCGUGCCCAGAGCGACCCCCUCAGCACUCUCUCCUGGCUACAGUCUGGCAACGCAGGAGGCGGCUCCUUCUCUGGGGCGUCCAGCUCCAGCUCCGGCGGCUCGUCGACCGGUUACUCCUCCUGCUCGGCCUCCUCCCUGCCCGGUGGCUCGCCCACUGACUCCGAAGGAGGCAGCAGCAGCGUGGGCCUAAGCUCUGGGAUGCUGAGCCGGCUGAAAGGCGGCUCAGGCCCCGGGGUCGCGGGUCUGGUCGGCGUCAGCCCCGGGAUCAACAGGGACUGCUUUGUGUGUUUCGAGAGCGAGGUGACAGCAGCCCUGGUGCCUUGUGGCCACAACCUGUUCUGCAUGGAGUGCGCCGGGCAAAUCUGCCAGUCAGCUGAGCCAGAGUGCCCCGUCUGCCAUACCCCCACCACACAGUGCAUCCGCAUCUUCUCCUAAUGCCCCGGCAGAGGGGGUGGGGGGUAGAUACGAGGGCGGGGGGGGGGAGACUGGAGUGGGGCACCAGCUGUGGCGGAGGCGAUGGAAGGAUUCACACUAAUAACUUUCACACACACGAUGGACCAUAAUAAAUGCAUUAAUAGAGAUCAUGAUACUAUACGGAUGUUGAUUUAUUGCUGAUAACUGUCAAGAUUAAUAAUAACAAUAAUAAUAAUGACAAUGACUUAUUUUCAGAGCAAAGUUAAUUGAAACUGGUCUGCAGACAGAUGGGACUCAGACAGUCUCUCGGUGGUGAACUUAUGGAAGGAAACUAGUGUCUUAUCUCUCUUCAGGCCUUCAUUUUGACCCAGAGCAGCCUGUACUGCUGGCUGCCGGUCUGUCUCGACAUUUCUUCAUUCUGGCUUCUUCAGAUCUCUGCCUGCUUUCUCUCUCACAGCCUUUUCUUUAGACACUUUUGUACUUAACAGAUAUUUUUCGAUGAAGCUGUCGGCCUGCACUUUUCUACUCCUUAUUUUAAUGUUCUUGACAGGACGCAAACGGUUCCAACAAAUCCCUCGCUUUCUCUCCUCUGCUCUCACUCAUGCUGUUGUUUGUGACAUGGAUCUGCGGGGUUGCUAUUUUUCUGUACGCUUGGAACUUUUUAAAAGGUCGGCAUGUUGUCAGGCACCUAGCAAAACAACACACCCAAGGGACCUCUUAAGUUUGUCGUUGCCACAAAAAUUAGCCAUCAGUGAUGCCAAAUGAAUGCUAGCCGUCUCUUGAUUCUUGAUCAACUUCAAUAACAUGUUGGAUGAGUCUGCCCCACAUUUCAAAUGUGGCCGCUGCAUUGAUUCACAUUAAUUAUCCUUUAAUAAGUGAGAAACGCACCAUUAGUGAUACUGUAGGAAUGUGUCUGAGGUCAGUUCUCUGUACAUUUGGACUGCCUGACAAUACUUUUACAUCUCUCUCUCUCUCUCUUGUGUUUUGUGUGUGAAAAUAAUGCCCACUCAUGCUGUUCGUUACAUCGGCAUCGUUAUGUGUCCUCACCAUGAGAUGGUCUGGUUUCUGUCCCGCUGCCCCUCUCCUUCACUUCACUCUCACAGUCUUAUAGGAAGGCGACGCUCUGAUCCAUCCACACCAGGACAUCCUCCGUCGGUUACACUUAGAUCGGCUUAUUUAGUGUUUUCUACUAGAUUUUUUCACUCUUGACUGUCAAGUGUGUGGCUAACAGACAUGUUUUGAACUCUAGGAUAAGAUAGGGCUUUUCUGAUGUCACACGUGAAUGUUUUGUCCAAUAAGGUUAAGGAGAGAUGAUUGCUCCUCCCACAUGAAACAAUAACAAGGGGCUAUUGAACCAGUAUUUUUUUUUUUCUUCCUCCAUGCACUGUAAUUCCCGGCCCUUCCUAAAAAGGAAAAAAAAAAGAAACAGCUCUUACUGUUUUUAUUUUGGUAGUUUUGGUCUUCCACCCCACUCUCACAGCAAAGCUGUAUGGCACUCUCUUAGAUGACACACUGAUGUACCCAUAUAACGCUGUACUCCUGGCUCAAUGUAGUGCACCACAUGGUUAGCUGUUUGAGAUUUGUCUGUUUCAUAGCAUUACUGAGUAAAUCCCGAUGAGGCGGUUGCAUCCUGUUUUGUGUUUGUGUUUUUAAAAGAAUUCAGCGUGAGCUUGCAGUAACUGCCUCCUAUAGUGUUAAUACUGUACGUAUGAUUUGGGCGAUGUUGGUGUGAUAGUACACGGUUGCCAUUAGUGGCCCUUUUUGAACGUAGACGGAAUCAGCUCAUAGAAUGAGACAAGCCAUGACGACAGAAUUAAAACGACACACCUAAUUCUCAAGGGCUUCCUCUGACUGCACAGACACAUGAUCACAUUUUCAGGCUCACACAGUAGGUAGAAUCAACUUAUCCUUUAUGGCAGCUAGUAGCUAGGUCAUCCAGGGCUUCCAGACACUCUUUGUGUUCAAAUCCCAGCAGCUGCAGAAUGUUUUGCUUGUUGUUUUUUAAUUAUUUUUUAAUUGUAACUGUCCCUACACAGUCAUCGCAUUCGGAUCCUGUUGGUGAGUGUAGGGUGUCGCAGUCACAGUGUGUCCUCCUCCCUGGACGUAGUCGCAGAUCAGGGCGGGUUGUAGGGUUUUAAUACCAAGGAAAAAAGGGUAAGUCUACUUGAGUAAAUAGUUGGCGAAAAUGGGCAGUUGCUGCUGUGCUUUGGUGCUCCAGCCAGUAUGAUGUUAAAUUUAUUUGCUGUGUGACUGUUCGUUUGCUACUUCAGGUGACGAGGGCAGUCGCUCCACAGAGGAAUCUAAUAAGCCGCUGUCCUGGUUGAGCGCAGCAGUGUACUAAUUCAUGUGUCCAUGCGUGUAGGAAAAAUCUGCCCAGGAGCUGAACCGGUAGUCUUUGUGAAGACUAUCCCAUGGUGCUUUGGUGCAACUCCCUACUGAAACACGGUGAUGAACAAACCCAGUUGGUAGUGGGGGAGGCCUUUUUUAGUUCUCAGACUAAACUUCUCCAGUGCACUGUAGGCCUGACAACCCUGUCCUCAUUCUCGUUGAAACGGGCAGCCCAUCGCCCUCGUCGGGCUCUGAUGUCAAACGUCGCAUUUUGUCUCUUACUCGUGCACACUCCGAACAGAUGCAGGGCUUCGAAUGUGUCUGAACGAACAGAUCAGUCGUGACCGUUGUGAGUCUGUUGAGGCCAAUCUUUAAAACUGUCCCAAGUCGACGUGUUAAAGGAAUAAAAUGUGUUGUAUUUGCCAGAUGGGUCUAAUGUAAAUCCUGGUGUUGCACUGGGAUGUUUCUGGCCAUUGAGAGAAUGUUAGGGUUUAUUGUACAGUAGUGUAAUUGUUAAAAAGGUACAAUUUUUUUUCAGAUUGACUGCUGAAUUUUUUUUAUUUUAUUUUUUUUUAUAGUCAAACUUGUCCCCUCCCCCAUUUCCUUCCGAAAGGUUUGAAAACAGGGUUUCCUGAGGCAUGGUAGCCAGUGACCUCUGACCUUUUUUUUGUGUGUGUGUGAUUAGAGGGGGGGAUGCGAAGAGAGCCUCGCCAGUAAGGGGUGACAGACACCCCUCAAGCCUCCGCUCUCCUAUUUUUUGCUUUAAUUCUCUUUGUAUGCAGAACCAAAAUGUAAAAUGUCAGCAAACUAGGUUUCAGGCCUGACCUGUGUGUGUGUAUAUACCCUGAAUACAAUCAUUGGGAUCUUGUUUUCAAAAGCAAAAUGACUUAAUUGAAGAUAAGUGUAGUUUCUAAAGAACAUGUAUCAUUAUUUGUAAGUUAACCAUCUGCAUGUCUUCAAGCCACCUGGCAUUAGCUAAUAAUUUUUAAGAUAAAAAAAACUUUCUACACAUUUUAUUUUUUACAAUUUAUUUGCUUACCUAAAUAUCCCAGACAAUAAUGUGACCCUUUUUAUUACUUCAAAUUUAUUUUUUAUUUUCCAUUUUUUUAUUUUCCUUAUUUCCUGUGUACUACAUAUAGGCAAUUUAUAACAAAAUGAAAAAAUUAUUGAAGAAAUUUUAAAAUUGAAAUAUAUUUUAUUUGAAAGUUUAUGGACCUUUUAACCGUGAGCCGGAAAAAUUGUAUAAUCAUAUAAUUUGAGCUGACUUGACGGUUAUGAGAAAUGUAUCAAGAGUUUUAUUUUUUAUGCUUCUUUAAUAAAGUCUUGUUUUUGGUUUCAUUUUUUUACUGUAAAAUAA